AUGAGUCAAGAUCAAGGUCAGAGUGAGGAGAUUGUCAAAACGAUUCAAAACUUGGUUGAAAAUGAGGAAGUUUUGCGUGCCAAAGUUUCAUUUGCAACUAUUGUUGAACAAAAAAUGAGCGAGAAAUUGGAACAUCUUCGUCGUUUAAGAAAAGAGGAGAAGGAUAAAAUGGAAGCUCAAAAGAAACAAAUUGAGGUUUUGGAAAAGGCUCGUUAUUAUGCUGUGUGUCAUGAACAUAAUGUUGAAACCGAACUGAAACGUAAGCGGACUGUUAUGGGCGAAUUUAAAAAGCUUGUUGAUAGUAAUAGUGCGGCGGAUCUGUCCUCGGAACUUUGUGAAUUAAAUUUGAUCAAGGAAGAUUUUCAUAGUCAAAGGGCUCGCGCUCCAUGGCUUCCUGAAAAACAGGCAAUUUUGGGAGAAUUAAAACAACACGAAACAGAACUUGCUCGUCUUCAGAAUGAAAUUUCUCGUACUGAUGGACUUAUUUCUGAACGUGAGGAUUUAUUGGCAAAACACAAACAGCUUCCAUUCAAAAAUUUUUGUGUUACGUUGGCGAAUUAUUUGCAUAAGACGAGACAAAUGGAUAAUGCAAUGAAGAAUGAGCUGAAAAUUCAGGAAACGCUUUUGGAAAAGACAAAAAGUUUGGAGCAUGAGGCAAUUCAAAAGGUUCCGGGGAUUAAUCAAGACGAGGAAAUUGAUGUUGUUACUGUCCAGGAAGUUGUUGAGAAGGCUCCAGAAUCUAAUGUUGAACGUGUUGUCAAUCAUUCUGCUGUUACAAACCAUUCGCCUGCAAUUACUGUUAAUCGAUCGCCUGUAGUCAUCAAUCAAUCUCCUGCAACGGCUGAUCUUUCGAAAGCUACUCAGAGAUCGAAAUUUACUCCUGAUCCAAUUGAAAAACACAGGAAUACGCCAAAUAGAUCUGUUACGGAUAUUAUACAAACUGGGACAAAUGAUGAGCAAGCUAAUAUUGUGAUUGAACAAGAGGAUGAUCUUCUGAUGCAUUUUAAUGGAAUUGAUGUCUUUCAAACUGGUGGUAAUGAAGAAGGUGAUGAUAUUAUUCCAGCUGGUGGUGUUACAUCAAACUUUUCUUUUGGGUUCAAUUUUAAUUCGCCAGCUCGUGGAGAGACAACUCAUAAUAAGGAUACGCAGAAUGAGGAAACUUUUGGGUUUAAUUUCAAUUUUUGA